AUGGAACGACGAAAAGCAGAGAUUGAAGAGAAGAGGAAUAAGCUUGCAGCGUUUCGGCGUCAUGUUCAGGAGCGUCGGGGGCAAUUUGAGCUUUCAAAAGCAUCAGAUGAUAAAAUAUUACAAGUUGAGAAGAAGAAUAAGUUUUAUAAUAAGAAAGAAAUUGAUGAACUUGUGAUACGUUUGAUGGGAGAGACGAAAAUCGAAAAGAAACAGGAAUUGGAGGAAGAAGAGGCUUUAAAAGAGGAAAAAAAGGAAAUUGAAGAAAAAAAUAGAGUUGAAAAUGUUUAUACAUUGUCAAUGACACAUCCUAUACCUCUUUUUAAUAUACCGCCUUUACAGCAGGAAAUGAAGCCUAUAACAUAUAAUAAAGAGAUUCAGACGUCGUAUGAGAUGGAUACCCGGGUGGAGAAAGAGAUAGAUAUUGAAGCAGAAGUGGAAAUUCGGUUAAAACAAGUAUUGGAUGAGAAAAAUGAGAAAGAGGAAAGCAAUAGAAGAGAAGAAGAGAGUAUAGAUAUAAAAGUAGAAAUUUUACAGGAUGAAGAAAGGAAUAAUAUAUUUAAUUCUAGUUCAUUUCAAAAUUUUAUAGAAAAAUCAUCAAAAAUAAUUGAAAGAGUUUUAGAUGAAGAAUAUCAACCAACAAUAGAUUAUUCAGAAGAUUAUUCAUUAAAUAAGGAGAAUUAUACAGAAAAAAAGAUUAAAGAAGUGAUACAAUUUCAAUGUGAAAAAUGGACAUCUAAAAAAGUGAUAACAGAUUUAGACUGGAGCAAUUAUUUUAAAGAAUUAUCAUUAGCUAGUUAUUCAAGAAAUAAGGGUAUUUUUUCGAAUUCUGAUGGACAUGUUAUGAUAUGGAAUUUACAUCUACAUGAUAGACCUGAAUAUAUCUUUAAUUCCCAGAGCGAUAUUUUAUCAGCAAAGUUUUCACUUUUUCAUUCUAAUUUGAUUAUUGGCGGUUCUUAUAAUGGACAAAUUCUUAUAUGGGAUACAAGAGUAAAUUCUCUUCCUGUUCUUACGACGCCUUUAGGAUGUACAGGUCAUUCGCAUCCUGUCUAUAGUGUAAAAAUGGUUGGUACAUCUAAUGCAAACAAUAUUAUCAGUAUGAGUACAGAUGGAAUUGUUUGUGCAUGGACAAUUGAUAUGCUCACGCAACCACAAGAAAUAAUUGAAUUAACAGCUCCAUCAUCUUUUAAAUAUGAUGAUAUUUGUUCUAGAUGUAUAGAAUUUCCAGAAUCAGAUCCUACAACCUUUCUUGUAGGCACUGAUGAGGGAAAUAUGUAUUUCGUUAAUAGGUAUAAUCGAGCAGGUCUAAAAGCCGGUAUUGAUCCUAGGUCAAUAUACAAGGGUCAUACGGCUCCGAUAACAUCUAUCUCAUUUCAUCCUUCUAAAGGACCAUUGGACUUUGGUAAUCUUGUUUUGAGUUCAAGUUUAGAUUGGAGUAUUAAAUUAUGGAAAAUAAAACCAUCAACAGUUUUAAAUACAAAUCAUUCAGACAAAGAUUAUAAUUUGAAUUCUAAUAUUCCAAUUAUGGAGUUCGAUUGUGGUGAAAUGAUUUAUGAUAUUAAAUGGAGUCCUAUUAGACCUGCUAUAUGGGCAUCUGUAAAUGGAGGGGGUUCUCUUGAAAUUUGGAAUUUAGAUGCUAAUACAGAGAUGCCAGUUGCACAAAUCUUUCCAUCUACAACAUCUUCUACUAAUAAAGCAUUAAAUAAAUUAUCUUGGGAAAAUUAUGAAGGGAAAAGAAUUGCAAUUGGAGGAUUAGAUGGCGUUGUUUCUAUUAUUGAUAUUGGCGAUUUUGGAGGAACAGAAUUUAAACAAGAAGAAUGGAUAAAAAUGAAAAAAUUUAUCGAUAAAAAUAAUAAUCAUGAUAGAACAGAGUCAGAAAUCAAUGAAAUUCAACCUCUAUAA